CAACCUAGAAAUUAAGGAGGGGAAGAGCUGUUGUAGAGCUCUUUCUAGCAUGAGGAGUAGGGGUAGCUCAAGGUUGAUUUUGAUGCAGGAGUCACUGGGCAGGAAUUUAAGAGGCUUCCAUUGUGACACAAAGGAGACAGACACUAUGGAUAGGCCACAAUGGUGCAGUGACAAAAUAAAGACCUGGUUGCUAGGGCCAGAGAAUAAACACCGGGUGCCUAGAGGAGAAGAGAUGGAGCCCCAGCCCUGGUCCCCUUUCCCACCCUUCCUCCCCACAAGGCUGUCUGAGAUGCCACCUUCCACCUAAACAUCAUCUCCCAAAUUUUAAUCCUUAACUUUGGUCUCUGACUUCUGUUUGAUUCCACAGUCUCCACCCACAUUUGCACAAAGGACCAUCACCUGUCCUUCCUGGAAUCUCUAAAGUUUUCUGCUUUCCUUCUGCUGAUGGCCAGCUCUGCUAAGUCAGCUGAGAUGCCCACCAUCUCCAAAACCCUUAACCCUACUCCUGAUCCUCAUCAAGAAUAUCUGGACCCUAGGAUUACCAUUACCUUAUUCGAAAUUGGAUCACUUUCCCCUUCCUCCUGGGGCUCUCUCCCUUCCCUAAAGAAUAGCAGCCAUCAAGUUACAGAAAAACAGACUGCACAGAAGUUUAACAAUCUCUUGAAAGAAAUUAAAGAUAUUCUUAAAAAUAUGGCAGGUUUUGAAGAGAAGAUCACAGAAGCAAAAGAACUUUUUGAGGAAACCAAUAUUCCUGAGGAUGUGUCAGCCCACAAAGAAAAUAUCAGAGGACUUGACAAAAUCAAUGAAAUGUUAUCAACAAACCUGCCUGUUAGUUUAGCCCCAGAGAAAGAAGAGAAUGAAAGGAAACAGGAGAUGAUAUUGGAAACCAAUAUUCCUGAGGAUGUGUCAGCCCACAAAGAAAAUAUCAGAGGACUUGACAAAAUCAAUGAAAUGUUAUCAACAAACCUGCCUGUUAGUUUAGCCCCAGAGAAAGAAGACAAUGAAAAGAAACAGGAGAUGAUAAUGGAAAACCAGAACUCUGAGAACACAGUACAAGUUUUUGCAAGAGAUUUGGUAAAUCGUUUAGAAGAAAGAAAAGUCCUUAAUGAAACUCAACAAAGUCAGGAAAAAGCAAAAAACAGACUUAAUGUUCAAGAAGAAACUAUGAAAAUUAGGAACAACAUGGAGCAGUUACUACAGGAAGCAGAACACUGGAGUAAACAACAUACUGAGCUCAGUAAACUGAUAAAAUCCUAUCAGAAAUCUCAGAAAGACAUAAGUGAAACUCUUGGAAAUAAUGGAGUCGAUUUCCAAACCCAGCCAAAUAAUGAAGUGUCAGCUAAGCAUGAGCUGGAGGAACAGGUAAAGAAACUGAGCCAUGACACCUAUUCAUUGCAGUUGAUGGCAGCUUUGCUAGAGAAUGAAUGCCAAAUCUUACAGCAGAGAGUAGAGAUUCUCAAGGAACUCCAUUAUCAGAAACAGGGAACUCUGCAAGAGAAGCCAAUUCAGAUAAACUAUAAACAGGACAAGAAAAAUCAGAAGCCAUCAGAAGCAAAGAAAAUAGAAAUGUAUAAGCAGAACAAGCAAGAAAUGAAGGGUACAUUUCGGAAAAAAGACAGAUCCUGUAGAAGCCUGGAUGUUUGUCUUAAUAAGAAAGCUUGCAAUACCCAGUUCAAUAUUCAUGUUGCAAGAAAAGCUCUUAGGAGAAAAAUGAGGUCAGCUAGCAGCCUAAGAUAGAAAAUACCAAAAGCAGACGAAAAGGUGAAUACUUAAAAAACUACGUCUGUUACAUCCAACUUGUCAGGCAUGAUCAAUCAUCAAACCUGGGGCAGAUCUGCUGGUUCAACCAAGAAAGAGCUAUAGAAUAAGAAGAUUGACACUUACAUUACUCAUUACUUCAGCAGUUAUGUAAGUCUGGUCUUUAAUGACCAUUGUGUCUACAUCAAGUUCAUAACUUUUCACCUUUACAAUCUGCUUGGUUUUUUUUGUACUUAUUAGAUAGACAGCCUAGAGUGAGAAGUUAAAGGUCCAAUUAAGUAAAGAUCUAAAUAAAAGCCAGAAUACAAGGGAAAA